GACUACCUAAUUGAGUGCCAUCUAUGUAUUGGGGCCUCUUUUAAUUAAUACAAAAUUGAGGUUACAUCUUUUCAAAUGUUCCUCAAUUAAUAUAUAAGGGAUAAAUAAAUUCGUAGCAAUUUCAAUUAGUCGUGUGAAACAAAUAACUUCCUUGUGUAAUGAUAUCUUCCUAGCAAUUUCCUACUGUGGAAUAAGACUCCACUAAAAGAGUCUAAUUCCUUCAAAAUUUUCUUACACGUUCUUAACAAAAUAAAAACUUUCUUGUACGUUCUCAAUAUAUAUUGCAUGUAUAAAUUGCCCCUCACAUAUAGACGUGCAGACUACACAUAAAAAAAGAGAAAUGGAGUCUGCUAAAUAAAACAUCAAUGGCCACCAAAAUGUCAUCGUGAUGCGUCACGGCGAUCGAAUGGACCGUUUUGAGCCACUCUGGGCUUCGACCGCUGAAAGACCGUGGGACCCGCCGCUCAUUCACCACGGUAAGGUUCGAGCCUUUCAAACCGGUCAAAGAAUCAGUUCUCAGGUUUCGUUUCCAGUUCACCGUGUCUUUGUCUCUCCUUUCCUACGUUGCAUCCAGACUGCUGUUGAAGUUGUCGCCGCUCUCUCCGCCGUCUCUUCCAUUGAUAACUCUAAGCUCAAGGUAGCUAUAGAGUUUGGAUUGUGCGAGAUACUGAACUCAUUGGCUAUUAAGAGUAACGUUGCUCCCAAAGAUGGGAAGUUUGAUUUCAAUAUUUCAGAUCUUGAAGCUAUGUUUCCUGAAGGAACAGUGGACCAUAAUGUCGAUAUGGUUUAUAAAGAGUUGCCACAAUGGGGAGAAUCUGCGGAAGGCUUCAGGGAACGAUAUGUUAAUACAUUGAAAGUUCUUGCACAGAAGUAUCCUUCUGAGAACUUGCUCUUAAUCACUCAUCGGGGAGGAGUAAGUACUAUACUUUACAAGUACUUAAAAGACGCAACCAAGCGCUUGGUAGAUUAUUGUGGUUGUGUUGACUUGAGAAGACAGGAUGGGUUUGGUGAGUCUGUGGAUUUCGAGGUGGUUACUAGUCAUGGAGUGUCUUUCAGGGAACACAAUGUCCCAAUACAUGACCCUGUAAUAAGCCAAUCUCCGGUUUAGCCGGUUUAAUUCGGGCACGUUGAUACUGUUUUUUUGCUAAACUUUUUUGCUAAAUUGUAAAUAUUAGUACGAAAUAAACUUUGAAGUUUGCGAGAUCUAUAAAAACAAAUUAUAUGCUU